UUGGCUAUGGCGGCAAUAGCCCUCAACGCUUCUCUCAGCGUUUCUUCUUCUAGAUUUUCGAUCCAGGGGGGAAGAUGUCGUAUUGCUUACAGAAAUCGCGUGAGGUGCGCAGCUGGAUCGUCGUCUCAAGAAAGCGAAGCAAGCGCGAGCAGCAGCGUUGUUGGAUUGCCGGAGGCGAGCAUUGGAAUUGCCCUGGCAGGCGGUGGAGAGGAGCAGCAAGAGGUCGCUCCUGGAGAAAUCGGCCCGGGAAUGGAAGAGAUUUACAGCCAGUGCAAGGUCUGGGAGUGGAAGGGGUUGUACAAGAUCAAUUACGUUGCUCUCGUUUCGAGUGGAGGCCCCGCGAUUCUCCUCGUCCAUGGAUUUGGGGCUUCUAUCGGGCAUUUCAGGAGAAACAUCCCUGUUCUUGCGAAGAACUAUUCGGUCUACGCAAUCGAUCUUCUGGGACUAGGCGCGUCUGAAAAACCGGCAAACUUUUCUUACACAAUGGAAACAUGGGGAGAGCUUUUGCUGGAUUUCAUCAAAGAUGUUAUGGAGUCGGCUCCGACUGUUCUUGUUGGAAAUUCUAUCGGCAGUCUCGCAUGUCUUACUGCUACUGCGAAUGCCACGGAAGGAUUGAUUCGAGGAGCUGUGCUUUUAAACUGUGCCGGAGGAAUGAACAACAAAGCAGUGGUGGAUGACUGGCGCUUGAAGCUAGCAUCACCCUUGCUUUCGCUCAUAGACUGGCUACUCAAGCAACCAGGAAUCUCCUCUCGUCUCUUCAACCGAGUGAAGUCGAGGGAAAAUCUUAAGACUCUUCUAUCGUCAGUUUACGUCAACAAGGAAGCUGUGGACCAAGAACUCAUCGAGAUUAUCAGAAGGCCUGCGGAGGAUCCAGGAGCUCUGGAAGCAUUCGUUUCGAUCAUAACUGGUCCUCCAGGCCCGACUCCCAUGGCUCUCAUCGACAAGAUCCACUGCCCGAUCUUGGUGCUAUGGGGCGACACCGAUCCCUUCACUCCGGUGGAUGGACCAGUGGGCAAGUACUUUACCAGCCUUCCAUCCUCACGUCCAAACGUAAAGCUUCGAGUGCUACAAAACGUUGGACACUGUCCUCACGACGACGAGCCAGAGCUUGUGCACGAGCAGCUCUUGCCGUGGCUGGCCAGCUUAAGUUCUUGACCAGAUCCAAGCUCGCUAGAUUUUGAUCACAAAGAGAAUGACGAGCAAGCUCGAGCUUUGGUUUCU